AUGUUAAAAUUUAUGGAAUUCUUCGGCACAAACACACCGAAUCAUUUAGAUACGACCAUACAAAUUAACAAGGACAGUGUAGCAAAUACCAACCUUGUUGGGAACCAAACUGGAGCCGUUUAUCUCAAAGAGGUUGGAGGACAAUUGGGUUCUUCGAAGGAAUUCAUAGUUAUGAUCGGGGGUGGGUCCAAGAAACUACCAGCUGGGCCCGCCAGGCUGCAUCUGCAAGGAAGACGAUUUGCGCUUACUAGUGGCGUACCUCCACGCUUACUAGGCUUGUGGGAACUCGCUCAUUUAAGGCGAUACGGAGUAGUGGAAGGCAGAUUUUGCUUUGAAGGGGGAUCGCACUGUGGCAAAGGUGAAGGUCUUCAUUUACUCAUAACGGAUCAAGCUCAAGACAUCACUGAUGCUUUCGAUAUGGCUGCCCGGGGCACAGACAGAGGAAGUAAAUCUAGACCUAAUACCAGACUUUCAGAUGUUAACACAAUAGAUCAAUCUAGAUCAGAGACUGCUAGUGGUUUAUACGAAGAAAACUUUUUUGGUGAAGAUCGAGAUGGUGUAUCGCCAUUUUGGCCAUCAGAUGAAAGGCGAGAAUUUGAUGAACAUGACAUGAAAUGUUUAAGUGAUAUGGAAAUAAACACAAAACCACCUUGGAAUGGAGCUGACCAUGUCACUUUAGAAAGAUGCAACAACUGUCUUACAAAACUUGGAGCUAUGUCUCGUUCUUCAACAGUUGCCCUUACCCCUACGACACAUUUUAAUCCGGCAUGGACCAUGGAAGCAGUUCCUGAAAGCAGCUCUGAUAAUUCUUCUAAUGCUACUGAAUACAUGACGCCAAGAACCAUCAGAAGAAAUUUAGUAAAGUGUCAUUGUAAAGAAAAACCUCCAUUAAGACCCCCAAAACCUACACAUAUGGAACAAAAGAAGGCUCCAACUGACAUGCCAGUAAAUGAAUGCCCGUGCUUACCUAAUGACAAUUAUUUGAAUAACCCAAAAAUCGGUCCUUAUGAAAAUUAUGAUGUCCCGAAAACGACACAUAUGGAAAUUGACAAUCCUGAAUAUUAUGAUACUCCCAAAAGAAUAAAACAAGCACUAGCAGACGAUCUAUUUCAAAUUACUGAUAAAUCAGGGCCAGGAUCCUUGGUACUAAAAAAGAAUUGUGGAUGCAUAUUGAAGUUUGGCUCUAAGAAAAAACCUGUCAUAGUUGAAUGUGAAGAAAGUCUACAGCCCGUUGAAUGUCCUUGCCAAAAAGUUACAAACUGGGCAAAUACUUUGAUAAGUCUUCCGUACUGUAAAAAGAGUUAUAAUAGUGAGAUCAAUACUGAGAUUCUAACCACUAAAAAAUCAGAAGAAAUGGCUAUAUACGCAACUGUAGACGUAUCGAGAAAAACAAAUAGACAAAGCGGAGCUGUAGAUAAACUACCUGUGCAAGAAGUUAUUCGUGACAUAGAGUAUACUAAUUAUCAAAACGUUGAACCCAAUAAUGAAAAAGAUUUCGAAGGGCCAUAUGCAAAUUAUGAAAAUCUUGAGUUCGCUUUAUCUUUAGAGUACUAUGAAAAUGCCAAAGAUCUCUUAAAGAAAGCGGGUGUCACACAAAGCGAACUUGAUGCACUUAGUGCGAAUAUUGAAUCAGAAGUUAUUUGUUUACCCAAAAAAACGCGACAUUGUGGAAAAUGUGGUCAUUCUCAAAAUGAAACUUCUAAAAAUAAUGAAUCUUUGAAAAAUAAAACAGAUGAAUACUUAUUAAUGGAACCAUCUUCCGAUAGAGCAUCUUGUAGCCGACCACCGGGGCUUAACCCAGGAUAUACUCCCAUGUCUCCAAAUCCUAACUGGUCACAAAGUUUGAAACAUCCUAUACACAAAAUACACCGCGUAGAGAUAGAAAAAUCUUUAAGCAUACCAACAUUAAAUGGCAGCAAAAACCGGAACCAGUGUUUCGAUGUAACAAUAGGAAAUAAAGAAAUAUUGCAAAAACGAUCAAGUUCUGUAGACUCUGCGAGGCUUCUGGAAGACUUGAAAGAAUUUGACAGUAGUAUUGGAAGCCAUGCUACAUCCUCAUCUUUAGAAACCUUAAGAAAUUUGACUGUAGAAAAUAGGAGAUCUUCAUCUCCGUGUGAGGAUGAAAAAGAAUGCUUUGAAUGUUGUAAAUCAUCAGGAUCUGAAAAUAAAACAUCAGAAGAAAAUUCUAUAAAAGACGUUCCUCAUUUAAGAAAUAAGAUAAUGGAUAAUGCUCAAAUAAAAAGAUCCUCGAGUGUGCCAUGUAAAUCUGGAGGUAAUAGGGAUUCUUCCAGUUCCAACGAUUCUGGAGUUUCUAGUUGCUCAAUGAAACAUGGCGUAACAGAGUAUAACGAUUUUGAAAUGCCGCUCACAUCUCCUCAUUCACGAUAUCAGUAUAUGAUACAAAGAAGAAUGCGAGGUCACGCAAUCGGAUGUCUCCACUCUUCUUUACCUAGGAAAUCUAAAUCAUCAGAUCCUCUAAGGGAUCUCUCAUUGCAACUACAUAAAAAUGUUCCUGCGAAAUCAUCUUCUGCUGAAGCAGAAGUUCCGGUGUUACCGCCUAAGCAAUUCAAAGGGGUAAUGGACACACACAGUACUUCAAGCGGCACGUCAGAUAUGUCAGAUUAUAUAGAAACAUUAUCUAUGACUUCCUCACAUUCAUCAUCAGAUACUCCUACAGGAUUAAGGAUGAGUCGGCAACCCACUAAUACUCUUCGUCCCCGCUCCGGCAAAGAAUACCACAAUCUAGACCCUAUCCUAACGUCAAUGUACAAAAGUGGAAAAGAACUUGCCAAUUACACAAAUUUACCUUAAAUUAAGUUAUAUAUAAAAGUGGUUUAAUAUAAAUAAUGAAAGUUACCAACAAUCUUGGUGUAACCUUUAAAGUGAUAAUUAUGGCAAUUUUAAAUCCUAAUUCUAAGCCUAAAUUAAUUUAAAUUUGAAACCGAAGGCAAAACGGAGAA